AUGGAAAGCAAGAGAAGUAAAAUAAGGGAAGAUGCAAAAUAUUCAUAUUUACCAGAUGAAUGUUGGGAAAAUGUGUUGAAAUUUAUGAUCGGCGACGGGGACGACUACGAUGAUAAACGUAACUUGAAGUCUAUCUCCGUCGUCUCAAAGCAGUUGUUCUCCAUCACCAACUGUAUCCGAUCAUCUCUCACUAUUUAUGAUCCAACAACCCCUUUCCUAUCCCGCCUCUUCCAUAGAUUCACAAACCUUACCUCCCUCGACCUCACUCACUUCCACGGUGACCUUGAUGCACUUCUCCAUCAGAUCUCUCUUUUCCCAUUCAACCACCUCCUAUCACUCAAUAUCUCUCACAAACCUACUAUUCCCGCCAGUGGUUUACUAGCUUUCUCUCAAAAUAUUACAACUUUAACCUCUCUCAUUUGUUCUGACAUAGAUUCUUUCAAAAGCACUCACUUGUUCCUCAUCGCCCAAUGUUUCCCUUUACUAGAACAACUCGAACUCGACCUUACUGAAAAUCUUGUCUACGAUGACGAUGGCGAUUCUUGCGAAAGAUUCUUCCAUGGGAUUGAGGCUCUUUCAUUGUCACUUUCCAAACUCCGCAAGCUUAAUCUCUCUGGUCAUUAUUAUAUCGAUGACAAAUCCAUUUUUCACCUGUUUAAGAACUGCAAGCUCCUAGAAGACCUCACCGUGCGUCAAUCUUGUGAUAUAACCGAACAAGGAGUUGUUUAUGCUAUCCGUGAGAAACCAACAACAUUGAGGUAUUUGUCCCUUCCCGUGUUGAUUAUUCCACAAAUCAUUGACUCCUUGUGCACUUUGAAGGCUUUAACCAAUAUUGAUCUUUCCUUUUGCUCUAUUUCGGAUCAACUGCUCACCUCUAUUGCAAUCCAAGGUCUUCCUUUGAACAGGUUUUCCAUUCGUCAAUGCGACGGCUAUACUUAUGCCGGACUAUUUACUUUGUUAUCCAACUGUCAUUCUAUCCAACAUUUAGAUCUUUUUGUCGUCUCAUUUCUGAAUGAUCGUCAUCUUAUCGAAUUGUCUUCAUAUCUCGUCGCUUUGGUGUCUCUAAGCCUUAGAUGUUGUUAUAUGCUCACACAUUCACCUUUGUUUACACUUGUUAGGAAAUGUCCUUCACUCACUCACAUCAAAAUGGAAUAUAUUGGGGCCAACAGUGUACUGAAUUAUUAUGAUGAUUAUUUGAUUGAUUUUGGACUAUACCCUCAAUUAAAGUCUCUCUAUUUGCCUAACAAUUCAUGGUUAAUUGACCAAAUCAUCAUAAUGUUUGUUUCUGCUUUCCCCAAUUUGCAACUACUUGAUUUGAAAUCUUGCAAAAACAUAUCGCUACAAGCUAUUGUUCAAGUUUUAAAGAGAUGCCGCAAGAUAAGUCAUUUGGAUUUAUCAUUCUGUAACUUAACUUCAGGACUGAAUCUACUUGAAAUGAACUUUCAAGUUCCCCACCUCAAGAUGCUAAACUUGACGUCUUCACAAGUUGACGAUGCAACACUCCAUGUGAUCUCAAAAAAUUGUUCUGGCCUUUUGCAAUUGUUAUUAAUUAAUUGUUCUCGAUGCACACACAAGGGAGUCAAACAUGUGGUAGAGAACUGCACGCAACUCAGAGAGAUCAAUUUGAAUAACUGUUUGAAUGUGCACACCAAUGUUGCUGCCUCAAUGCUAUUUUCAAGUCCAUCAUUGAGAAAGAUAACUGCUCCACCUCAUAUUCAUUUCACUGAAACUGAGAGGAAACUCCUCCGCUUGCGUCAAGGAUGCAUUGUUUUCUGA